UCGCAGUUUCCUGGCUGGGAGCGCUGUUGCAGAAGAACAUGAGGAACUAGAGAAGGACCCACUAAAAACCUGGAUGACUAAGGGAGGGAAGGGUUAUGACCUACAGCGUUUGGCACAUGACUCAUAAAAACAUCUGCUAAGAGUUCAUGGAUGAGGAAGCGGAGAAGGGGAGUUUCGAUGGUUAAAAACGCUGCAGUUCGAGCGACACCUCGCAGUGAAACGGAGCAUUGUAUUAUCUACCUUCCAAGAAGCGUAAGAAAAUACAAAAAUGCAUUCAUUUGCACUUAUGAAGGCACCGACUCGUCAGGCUGGACCACCCCCCCAAGCCUUACAAGCUGCUACUAAUCUAUCCCCAGGUGCAUCAGGAGCUUGGUCUGCAAACAGCAUGCAACAGUACAUGGCGGGGAACACAGGAGUCAAACUGUCACCGAGUGCUAAUUUUGCCUCGCAGAAUGGAGCAAACCCUAGUAGACAGAUUGCAAACUGGCAGAGCUCUGAUACUUCACAUCAGGCAGCUCAAACCAAAAAGGCUUCACAUUUUAAGGAUUAUUACUUCCUCAGAAUGCUUCUUGGCCAGUCACAGUACAAAUUAAACAAAUUGCAAAAUGAAAAUGUUCCUGUGCCAACCACUUGUGUAUCUCAGACAGCCCCAAUGCAAAAUUCUCAUCAGUAUUUGGCAACCCAGAGUCUACAUGGUACUGUUGUCACAAAUCCUCCCUACGUCCAACAAAACACAUCAGUGUUUUGCAAACAGCCGGUUUCCUUUAAUGAGGUGCAGACAAACGGGACUAAGGAUACUUAUUCAAAUAUUCAACAGAGCAGGGCCAUGCAUCCUGCUGUAAACGGAGAUAUGACCAGAACCAUUUCAUCAUACAACCCUGCUCCCUCACUUCCUUAUGAGCAGGUGUUCAAUGCCAACACAGCACCAUCUGCAGCCGUUCAUAAUAGUCAAACUCAGAUAGCUCCUAACCAGAUUCACAGACAAAGUUUCUCCCAGGGCGGUUACUCUCAAAACUACCCACCAAGCUAUGAAAUGGCGACCUCUCAGUCAUUUAGGAACAACAGUGUUUCUACUCAAUGCACAUCUGCAAAUGCACAGGCUAUAAAUGGUUCUACCACAGGUCAGAUAAAUUGGCAAACUUCAGCUCAGUGCAAUCCUUCAUAUAACAACUGUGGAGGUUUCAGGAGCAUAAAUUCAUGGAAUCAGUACGAAAAGAACAGUUUUCAGAUGAAUACAAAUGGCCGUCCUUUAAACUAUGAUGCUGCACCUCAACAAAUGCUCAGGCAAAAUGUGCAUGCAAACAGUAUAAGUACGUCUUACACUGGCAGCCCCAACACGACCCAACAUUACGUCCGUAUGUCCAGAAUGUCUAGUCAAAAUAUUCAAACUGCAAACUUGGCUCGCUCUGAAAGUUACAGCUUGACUGCUAGCCAGUCUUUCCCUCUCUGUUCUGGACAACCUUUGCCUCAGACUGUUAUGUCAAGAGCACAGCACACUGUAAAUGCACCAUUUCAACAAAACCUGCCACCAAAUGCCUUGAGCGUCACAACAGCAGGGAACCACGGUGGAAGGGGCCAAGUGGUUCCUAUUAAUGAAACUGUGUCAAACAGAUGCCCAGUUGAAUCCAUGAGUAAUGUGGCGCAAGGAUGCAAGACAAUGUUAUUGGAGAGCAACGAGCCUGAAGCCUUUGUAGUAAGCCAUUCAAAUAAUAAUGGAAUGCCCUCGCCAUUCAAACAAAAUGACAUGUGUGCUUCCAUGUCUAGUCACACCAGCAUAAGAGCUGUUGCAGUUGUGCCCCCAUUGUCGCAGGAGGCGUGUCAGUCCCCUGCCAGCGCUGAACCUUGCAAAUCUGUAGAUGGUGCAGACAAAAUGUGCAUUUCACCCAAUGAAGCUACAAUCAGUGAGACUACAUGUGUAAGAGAGGAAUCUAAUUGGAAUCGAGUGACUCUGAACAAAGCAGCAUGUGAUGAUCGAGCUGUUUUAACUGUUUCUGACUCGGAGCCUGAAAGCUUGGCUCAAACAUCACAGUGGGAUAAUCAUGAAUCUGUUGUUCAUAAGGUAUCAGAUGUCUCAGCAAGUCCAAGUGGUUCUGGAAAACAAACUGAAGGGACAGUACCUUAUUCACCACCAGUUCAUGAGCUUUCUCUCAUCCCAACAAAAUCUUGGACCGCUGAGGCUCUGAACAAAUUAAUAUUGGAGACAGAUAAAGCUCAACCCAAGCCAAAGGACACUCCAGAUCAUUCAACUUUUGUCAAAAUACUGUCAAAGCUGUGGAAUAAAGACAUUGCAUUAUUUUUUAAGAACUAUGAGAGCUUUCAAUUGGAUAAGCUUUCUGAUGUAGAAAACUUCUGUGACACACACAUCAAAAGGAACACAGUUAUACUGACACAAGUUAACCCUGACUUUAAGGACCAACUCAAACGAUACAACAUCCUCAAAGAUGAUGAAGUGUACUCAGAACCUCCUUACAGAUCUCUUUGGUUGAAUGUCAACGAUCUGCUUGAUGAUAUAGAUAAAGAGUUUGGCUUCCCUUGGACUUUGAAGCGGCAUUUUUAUGUGGACGAAACCGAAAGCCAGGGACAUGACUUCCAGACUUCGGGGAACAUUCCGGAACAAGCUUUCAAUGAGACAGUGAACAAAGUCUCAUCUCCAGCAGAGUCUGAAUCAGUCGAAAUGAUUGAAGAAAGUGACAUUCCCCGGGACCCACCUGCUUCCACACUGGAGUCAUCAGGGAAAAGUUCCUUGGAAUCAAGCUACUCAUUUAAAAUAGAAGUUUUGCCUCCAGAGGAAGCCAAAGUCAUCUUUGAACAAAUACAGAAAAAGAAGCAACAAAGCUCUAAUUGUCUGAAAGAGACUGCUGUCAUUGGCUCUGGGCAGAGAGAGGAAUCUGAACAUAUGGAUCCUACUAUAAAUGAGCCCAAAGGGAAUGAUUCUUUAAACAAUCAGCUGGAAGAGAUUUGCUGCCUUGCAAGGUUUGUAGAAAUGAAUUUAAGAUUGGGCAAACCCCCCUCCCACUGCCAAUGCAGAGACAAACAAAAUGCAAACAAAGGCACUAUCAAGACACUUAAACCUGACCCUGACCAACUGUCAUCUGGCCAGGAUGUUAAUUGUCAAAGUGCUCAGAGUGGCUUUGAACUUUCCAGUAACCUUUGUCAAAUUAUUGAUUUGACUGAUGAUGGCGACAACCAACUUCUUUCGUUUUUUGAUGAAGAGCCAGAACCCAUUUUUCAGAUAAGUGCCUGCAGCCAGUCAAAUGGUGAAAGUGUAACCGACCAUAUGGAUGGAGAUCUUUCGGAUGACCUUACCAUUCCCAAAGAGAUGCACAAUCAUGUCUUCAAGAGGGGAGAAUCUGAGGAGGAGCGUGUACAAGAAGAGCUGCUAUCAGCAGGAGCUGUACAGUCAAGUGAUUCAGUGUGUUGUACUCCGGUAACCAAUUUUAAUCCUUCUAACACAAUGGAAAGGAAAGAACUGUUUCCAUUGCCCAACCAGAAAGAAAACUGUAAUCAAACUCGUGUAACCAAGGAUAAGUCCUCUUCAGAAAAGAAAACCCAAACUCAAGUCACUGACGCCAACAACCAGACAUCUUUAAGCCUCCAUGUUAAUAAUGAAAGACAUGUAAAAAAGGAAAAGAGACAAAGCAGUCUUGACCUUUAUUUUCCAUCCCUAAAGAAACCUAAAAAAAGCAACUUCUCAGUUGCCUCAGAACCAGAUCACACCUCUGAAGCUCAACAUUCAGCCUCUGAAGCGAAAAUUGCAGAAUUAGUAUUGUUUGGAGCAGGGCAACAAGAGGCGAGUGCUCAGUCUGAAAAAACGUUCCUGGUUUCUUCUCAAACAAGUCCAUCUUAUGAAAAACACAGACCUCCUGGAGUUCUGUCUGUUAAAUUGGACUCUUUAGGAAGGGACACCACUACAGCUGCCACAAAGGACUACUCUGUAAAACAGUUGAUCUAUGAUAAAUGGAGGAGAAGCGUUCCAACAGUUGCUUUUCGGCACAAAAACAAACUGAGAAGACACACCAGUAUACCUGCUUCUUUAUCUUUUGGGAACACACAGGAGAAGCAGACAAUUUCUCCUGAACUGAAACUCUCUGAUAGAACUAGAAAAUACAUUUUGAGUCUCAAAAAGAGGAGGGCUCUCACUGAACGGCGUCGACAUGAAAAGAUAAAGAGGAGUUACAGCGUCACAUUGCCUGAACAUCAGCAGGGAAGUGAGACUCAAAAUGAAACCAGUGACGGGAAGCCGGUCCAAGGCGGUAUUGUCUUGAAGUUCAGUCUCCUGCCCAAUACCUUCGACUUCACGGAAGGGUCUGCUGGAAUGAAGGAGGCAUCUGAACCAGUUUCAGAUAAGUUGGAACCAGUAGAAGAAAAAGCUCAGUUCCCUAAGAAAGCUUUAACAAAGACAAAAGGUACUUGGUAUCCAAGUCAAGCAAAGCAAUAUGAGCCUCUAUGUGUCUCCAAGAAUGUCGGCCUUUUCCAAGAGUAUCAGAAGAAAUACAAAGAGAAGACUCGGAAGUCAAUGGAUGAAUGAUCUUUUCUUCAUUUGACUCCUGUAUGUUAACAUUGUUAAUGACAAUGUGUUUGUACUGUAUAUUCAGGGAGUAGAUUAACGUCAGUGAUAGACUUUACAUCCCUGUGAAAGAGAUUCACUAACCUCAUUUCUGCUUCCUCAUCUCUUUAAAAAGCUCAAACUUUCAGACUGACUGUUACAUUUAUAUACUGUGUAUUUAUAUUGCAUAUGUACAUUGGUUAAGUGCUUUGCAAUAUUUGCAUGUUUCUUUUUUUACUUUUGUACCACAAAGUAUUCUAUUUUUUUAUUGUACUUUAAGUUUUUGUUUGAGAAACUUAAUGGGAAAGCUAUUAUAUUGUAUGAAACGUUCAAGCUGAUUAAACUUUUUUUUCCCACUUUGCUGUAUGAAUAAAUUCUGUUUGAUGAUUA